CCCUGACUCCCCCCCACCCCCGUUUUCCCCCAGGACAUGGAGGUCAGCCCCACCGAGCUCAUGAACAUCCUCAACAGGGUCGUCACCCGCCAUCCCGACCUGAAGACGGACGGGUUCGGGCUGGACACGUGCCGGAGCAUGGUGGCCGUCAUGGACAGCGACACCACGGGGAAAUUGGGGUUUGAGGAGUUCAAAUAUCUCUGGAACAACAUCAAGAAGUGGCAGUGCGUGUACAAACAAUUCGACACCGAUCGCUCGGGGACCAUCGGGCCCCAGGAGCUGCCGGGGGCCUUCGAGGCCGCAGUUGAACACAAAACAAGGAACAAGUGGCAGAGAUGA